UGUUCCGGCUCUUUUAUUGAUCGGCUUGGGUGAUAUUUCUUGCCAUUCUCACACCAGAAAACGUUGUAUUUGUGGCCAGUUAAACAUCAAACGCAUCUAACAUGGAAAAGUUUGUCCCCCCAGAUAGCGUAGUCGAUCAGCUGAAAUGCGCCCUGUGCGACUUUUACUUGUCCAUAUUGCCGGUAUACCUCAUAUCCGACGACGGGAACCAGUACAAAUGCGGGCGGUGCAGCUCGAUAAAGACCAUGAUCAGCAUUAAGGUCAACAUGUACGAGCACCUGGCCAAACUGAUAUCGUUCCCAUGCUCCUACAAGGAGUGCACCGAUAAGGUGUUGUCGAACGACGUUAAGGAACAUGAGAGGACUUGCCCCCACCGCACGAUCUUAUGCCCGAAGGCGAACUGCCACGAUAACUAUAAGAUAUGGUCGAUAUCGUCCCAUUUCAAAGACAAACACAGCGAUCUGUUCCAUACCAAUUUCUUUACGAUAAAGAACGUGUAUGCUUACUAUAACAUCGACGUUCUGGAGAAGAACGGCAAGACGUUCAUAAGCCUGUUCGAUUUCGACGAUAUCAACUUUGGCAUAAGCGUGUGUUCGGUGGAGAACCCGAACGGCUGCCAGUACGAGGUGAAACUGACCUCGGACGUCAGCAAAUACUCCAUUACGAUCAGCAACCAGAACGUCAUAAUGUUCAACGAGAGGGAGCACUGCUUCAAGUGCGUGAACGGCAGUUGCAAGUCGAAGUUCCACUUGUACAAAGACAACCGUAAGGAGGUGUCGAAACGGAUGACGACUAAAAUAAACAGGGACUCCGUUAAAAAGAUGUUUGGCUCAGGCCUGAUAACGUACACGAUAACGAUAACCGACAAGGACGUCAAGGAGGAGGUGAAGGAAAAGAACGACACGAAGGAGGACGUCAAGGAUACGCUGAUAAGGAAAGCGAAGAAGAUAUUCCUGCAGAUGCUGGAGUGUCCCGUUUGCAAGGAGUACAUGCACCCGCCGAUCUACCAGUGCCUGACGGGGCACACCAUGUGCAACAACUGCAAGUCCAAGGCGGCGGACACUUGCCCGGUGGCGUCGUGCGACGCCAAGAUCGAGGCGACGAGGAAUUACAUCCUGGAGGACCUGUCGAAGAAGGUGGAGUUGCCCCAGUUGGAGGAUAAAAAGAUGGUAAAGACGGAGGGCGCGAAGCGGAAUAAUACGGAGGAUGUGGACGGCGCGGAGACGCCCUCGAAGAUACAGAAGAAGUAGUCGUGGCGCGUUUAUUUAGUCUCUUGUUUUUGGUAUAUGUUUAAGUUCAUAUUUCUUCCGUUUAAUUUUCUUUUUCUCCGACAGGGAACUGUGUAUUUUUCUUGUAAUCUGUUUUAGCUCUCGAGGUACCAGCGUGCCGAUGCGUUAAAAAUUCUCGUUGGGAGAGCGGGGCUUUGUGGUUUGAAUUUUUAGCCAGCCGUAAUCGCAGCAAAGGAAACCGAUAGAUGCUUUUCAUAAAUUUAUGUUUCGGGAUUAACUGAAAUUCAGUCUAUUACAAUUAAAGUUGUAUUUCUAGUACAAAAAAAAGAUCCCAUGAUUUUUUUUGCAAAUUCCAUCAGUCUGUGUCAAAAUUGUUCAUCCUGUAUCUCAAAAGCGAACCAUUUCUUUCUCUUUUUGUCCACUCAAACCCAAAUUUUAAUUUCGCUGAAUUAAUUUUUACUGUAACCAAAAAACAACCUUUCUGCAUUAUCUAAAAGUUUGACGUAUCCUCUUACUCGCUAUAUCAGCCACCAAACUCGACUGAUUUAAGUCCUGCGGAUGGUACAAGCAUUAAAGCCACACCUUGACAUUUGUCGGUUUCCUUUGCUAUAAAAUUUGUUCUUUCAACAUUUUAAACUAAGAAAACGGAAAGUUACAUUAUUUAAGAGUGACUUUGGAGCAAAAAAUAUGUGUCUCCAAUCUUCGUUUGAUCAAUAUUAAUUCAACAAGUGACUUCCCCUUUCAGAUUUUCAGGGUAGGAGUAUAUUUUUUGCUCCAAGCUAUAUUUUGACGAUUUUCAAUUUAUAAAAAAUAAAAUCAGCAAGUCUUUAUGUAAUGAUAAUUUUUUUCGACAUGCUAUAAGCUUGUUAAAAACAAAUUUCUAUAGAACCAUUCCAUAUUAAUGAAAACAAAUAUUUGACGAAAAUAAACUUACUAACAAAAUGGAACUUAUAAUCGAACAAGUGUAAUUGAAGAAUCGAAGGUUUAAUAAUAAUGACUUAAGAGGGCUCUAUAGCAAAUAGCCAACCAGCAAUAAAUUUUUGUAGAUUUUAUUACACAGAUUGUCUGA